AUGCGUCGUCGUUUACUAUAUCAUUCAUCUAUGCACUCUGGAAGUGCACAUCCAUUGCACGGCAUACGCCGUUUAUCAGGAUUGACUCGGUUGAAUGCAUUGUAUGCAUUAGUGGCUCCAGGCUUUAGAUGGGGAGAAGUGUUUAAAAAGUUAAUUCCAGCUUCUCGGCCAAAAUUCCAUGUAAAAAUGAUAAUUCAUCAUUUAAACAACGUCCCACUUGUAUCUGGACAAGUAUUUAUAAAAUGGCACUUAAAAGACUCUGUACAUAUGAGGGCACGUGGAAAAUCACCAAAAGUUCCAAUUAAAAAUCAUAAAGUUAUCUGGAAUUACGAAUUUUCAUGCUUUCUUUCUAUGAAAAUUGAUAAACAUCAACAUUUGUCAGAAAGCUGGAUUAUUUUUGAGGUUAACCAGGAAAGUUCAGAAUUGAGCGGUGCUAGUCAUCAAUUGGUUCUUGGGAAAGUUGAUAUCAAUCUUGCAGAAUAUGCAGGGUUGUCAAAGGAGACAGAAUGUUAUUUACUUCAAAACAGCAAAGUUAAUUCAUUACUCAGAAUUAGUAUUUCAAUGGAACAGAUUGGAGGGAGUACAAAUUAUAUAAUUAACCCACCUCAAAAAAAGCAAAUGUUUUAUGGAAUUGCAGACUUGAUGUCAAAACAUAAUAAUAUGAAUCAAGAAAAAAGUAUGCGCCAUUUAGAUGAUUUAAGUUUGAAGAAGUUAAGAAAUCCCGAGUUUUUUAUGUAUGAGGAUAAUAUGGUAGCUAAUAUGCCAUAUCUUUUUGAUACGUUUCAUUCUUUUGAGAUUAUUGAAAAUAUAUUUAAUGAAAAAGAUAAAUGGUUAGGAAAUCCUAAGAAAAAUCCUAUUACAAAAGAAAUAUUAGAUAAUGACAAAAGGGAAAUAAAAACAGCCCAAGAUUGGGAAAUCAAAGAAUUAGAGUAUGGUGUAUGCUGGUCUUUGAAUAGAAGCUCAGACAAAUUAUAUUAA